AGCCCGGACUUGAGUUACAGCUUACCAAGCGAGCUUCUCUUCUUCCAGAGCUUCACCAGCCAGAAGCCCGGCCGCCGGUGUGUGCAAACCUGCGUCUACUUGUCCAACACAGGCUGCACGGCUAGCUUCAUUAGCCUUCGGGAGUCUGUUUGGUAGCUCCGGCGGGGACUAGCUUCCGCACAUCCAAGCUGCCAGCCGGCGACAAGGUCGUCGACGAUGUCGAGCAGGAGGUCGUCGCGUGGCGCCAUCUCCGAGGAGGAGAUCAACGAGCUCAUUUCCAAGCUCCAGUCUCUUCUUCCCAACGCCCGCCGCCGCGGCUCCGGCCAGGCGUCGACGACUAAGCUGCUCAAGGAGACGUGCAGCUACAUCAAGAGCCUCCACCGGGAGGUGGACGACCUCAGCGACCGGCUCUCCGACCUCAUGUCCACCAUGGACCACAAUAGCGCCGGCGCCGAGAUCAUCCGCAGCAUCCUGCGCUCGUGAGCGAGCGUCCUGCGUACGAGCGGCAGCGCCGACCGGCGAGAUCGAACCGCCACGACAAUUUAAGCGGCGGCGGCGCCAUGAAUUUCUCCGGACGGCCAGCCACGUACGAGACGACCUUGCUCAGUUAGUCGCUAGGGUAUACAUAUGUCCACAUAUUUAAAUAUGCACUACCACCUCUCUUCCUUUCUGCCCGCCUAGAUCUGUCUCCUAAGCUUUCACUCCGUUAAUCUGUACGUAGGGCAUAUAUAUUAGGUACCGCUUAAUUAGGGCUAAGGCUUAUCCUCGCGCGCGCUUCUUCUUCUUCGGGCAUCUGUCAGCUCGUCUCCUCCAUGUGUUCUCUCGGAGCUGGCUCGAUGGCUACUGCUUCUUUUGUUGUCCCUUUCUUCGAUCUACUAUUCGAUUUGUAAAUUUAGUUGGUGGCUUUGGAUCGAGUUGUGUCCUCUACAGACAACCGACCGACCACUACUACGGUACUCUACCUAGAGCAAAUUAAUACUAUCAUCACGGU